AUGUCGGCCGAGCUCGAGUCAGAGGAAGAGACCAGUCGCCGCCCUGCUGCAACUGGUGGCUCCAACUGCAUACACAAAUGUUCUGCACCUAUUAGUGAUACUGAUGAACAGCAGACUGUCGCCCGGCGCUGCCCUCAUGUAACCAAGAACACAAUGCAAGCAGAUGCAGCUGCCGAACAAACGAAAAAGAAGGCCAUUGCGCGUUACCUCAAGGAUCUGGAGAAGCUUGAAGCUGAGGAUGACUUUUUCUCCCUACCCGAGAACCUCGCACGUGAAACUGAGGAAGACGCCGAGAUACGCGCAGACCGUAUGGAUACGCUUGUCAAGAAUCUCGAGGAACUUGGCUACGAAUUCGCAGAUCCGGCUGAGGGUGACGAGGAAUCUAGGCUGACCUCGACGCACAUUCGUUACAGUGCAUCUGCAACUGUUGGUCUUACCGCGAGUUCGGCUAUGACUCCCGCCCGUGACCGCACUCGCCGCGCCGGACCUGCUCCUGCUCCUCAAAUGACUGCAACAGCACAACAAGGUCGUGCAAAUCCUCCUCCCGUGCCGGCCCCACGCAAUCCUGCAUCUAUACCGCAACCCGAGGCUCCCGUACAGCCUGCCGCUGGCACCGAGGAGACCAAAACGGCUACUCAGGAGUCGCCUUUUCUCAACGGUCAAGUUCCUACGGGGAAGCCGAAGGCGCGUGAUUACUCAGACAAAAUCCAGGGCUCCCGAUCGAAUGCGCGGCUUGACAUCAAGGAUGCUGCACGGGAGGUCGUCCCGCGCACAUUCAAUAUCUCUCUCAGUUCGAAGAAGAGCGCGAAGAAGGCCAAUCAGAAGCUUGUCGCCGGCCUUCUAUGCAAGAACGCAUUCAUGUACAAGGACCCUGAGGCUCGCACCGGCAUUGGUGAGGUCAAGGUGGUGCAGGAUGUCAUCAACGCCAGCUGGUUCGCCGGGCCCCGGGAUCGUGGUAACACCAAUGGCGACCUCUUCGACCCUAUCUCUCCCAAUGCCAUUGCCUUCAUCCUCUCCAUGAUUGAGUACUGCUUGGAGGAGUACCAGACUGGUAUCUACGUCAAGUCGCCCGACUUCACGGAGAAACAGUACAAACCGCGCUAUGUCGAGAUCCUCAAGGACAUCACCGCCGCGACUAACUCCAAUCCCAAUUUCCUCCGUAACUAUGAUGCCAAGCUCUACAAACGCGCACAAAAGUAUUCCGGGGUUGUCGCCACUCACGACAGUUCUCGCCGCUUGGAUGCGGAGGACCUAGCGAAGUUGCGUGCAGCGGUCAAGGACCGGACAGGUCUUACGGAUAGUGAGCAUGAGGAUAGUGACAAGGAAGGGAAUGUGAGUGAUCCGGCGGAGACGUAG